GAGAUAGAAGAGAAAUUAGCCGAAAAAGCAGAUAAAAACCAUGUUCAUUAUAUAAGUUCAGACGAACAGAUUAUAACGGACUACCAUGGAUAUUUAACACAGGAUGAACAAAUAAGCACUGAAGAUGUUAAUGAAAGAAGAUAUAAAUUCAUUCGUGCUAAAGGUUAUGACAUACACUGUACUGUACAGUAUGACACAGGUAAAGCACCAGAAGCAUUUGGUUAUAACAAUGAAAUUUAUGCUUCAUACUUCUUUGUUAACGGUGUAUUAGUUGAACCAAGAUUUACAUUGAGAGUUAAGGCAAAAAUAACUUUUGAAGAUGCUAUUAAAAGUAAAGCUGACAAAGAUGAACUUGACGCAACGAACAAAGUUUUGAAAUCUCAUAAACACAAUAUCUCCGAUAUAAAUGAACUUCAAGCUACAUUAAAUAGUAAAGCUGACAAGAACCAUACACAUGAAUCCUUCACUACUGUUAGAGCAGACGACAUAAUAUUGAACUAUACCCUUGGUUCAAGUGCACCUUUAGAGAAUCCAAGUACAAGCGUAAAAGAUACACUAAACUCCUUAAAUAGUAAAUGUAUGAACAUUGAAGGUCAUGCCAGAAACUUUGAAGCAUACGAACUACCAGCAAUGUUAGAUAAAAAAGCAGAUAAAGAACAUACACAUAACUCCUUCUCAACUGUUGCUAUAGAAAGUAUUGAAGGAACGGUUGGCGGAACUGGUGGGGAUGCAUUAUAUUAUAAACCUCCUAACUUUCCACAAGGUUUAACAUCGAAUGAAAACAUAACAACGAAGAAAGAAAUUAGCUGUAAAAAUGUUUAUGUCAUGGAUGAUGAAAAUAAUGUUAAAUUCACUGCUCAAGAUUUAGAUGAUAAGAAAGCAGACAAAACAGAGCUUCAAACAUUAAAGACUGAAAUGCUUCAAACAUUAUAUCCUAUAGGCUCUAUUUAUACGUCAAUAAACUCAACAAAUCCAGCAAGUGUUUUAGGUUUUGGUACGUGGAAGCAGAUUGUAGAUAAAUUCUUAUACUGUGCUAACUCUUCAAAGCAAACAGGAGGUUCGAAGAAAAUUAAAGAAGCAAACCUUCCACCGCACACUCAUACAGGAACUACAAACUUUUCUGGCGACCAUAGCCACUCAUUAAGAGACCACCCAUUAUACAACUCAGACUAUGAAGCUGGCAAUGACGUUUUAUCUCCAUCUUAUAACAAUGCAGCAAAAAAGAUUUUUCGACCAACUGAACCGGGAGGAAAUCAUGUCCAUACUUUCACAACAAAUCCAACAGGCUCGGGUGCAGAUUAUAUGCCACCAUUUGUGACUAUAUUCGCAUGGUACCGCGUUCAUUGA